AUGCAGGUCAAAAUGUUAACUUCAACGCCAUAUUAUGCUCAAGGAAAUGGACAAGCAGAAGCGUCAAAUAAAGUUAUAAUUUUAAUCAUUGAGAAAAUGAUAAAGGACAAGCCGAGACGUUGGCAUGAAACCCUUUCAGAAGCCUUGUGGGCUUAUAGAAACUCGAAAAGGACAAGUACAAGAAUAAGUCCUUAUCGGCUAACAUUUGGCCAUGAUGCUAUGUUGCUGAUGGAGUUAAAUGUAAAAUCGGCAAGUGUAGCUUUACAACACAAUCUUAUACCUGCCGAUUACAAUGAAGCUAUGCUUGCCAAGUUGGAAGAUUUAAAUGAAGUUCAAAAACUUACUUUAAACCACCUUAUGGUCUAUAAGGCAAAGGUAAUGAAGGCUUACAACAAAAGGGUGAAAUUCAAGUCAUUUGCAGAAGGUGAUAUGGUUUGGCAAAUAAUUCUUCCACCUGGAAAGACGGAUAGAACUUAUAGAAAAUGGUCACCUAAUUAG